CGGACGCCCUAGGAAGGAGCAUCGCCUCGGGCGGGGCCGCCCCUGAGUCACCCCGGCCCCGCCCGACCCUCCUGCUGCCGGACCCUAGUGGAGCAUAGCGAGCAGGGCAGGAGGCCAGGCCGGAGCCGGGGAAACUGAGGCCGAGGCCGAGAUCAGGGUCCCGGAGACAUGUUCCUGGUUAAUUCAUUCCUGGGCGGGAAGGGCGGCGGCGGCGGCGGGGGCGGCAUCGGCAAUGUCAUCGGGGGGCUGCUCAGCGGGGGCGGCGGCGGCGGCGGAGGGGCUGGGGGCGCCAUGGGCAUCCUAGGCGGCGUCAUCAGCGCCAUCAGUGAAGCUGCAGCCAAUUAUAACCCAGAGCCCCCGCAGCCCCCUCGAUCCCACUUCUCCAACAUCGAGGCCAAUGAGAGCGAGGAGGUCAGGCAGUUCCGGAGGCUGUUUGCCCAGCUGGCAGGAGACGACAUGGAAGUUAGUGCCUCUGAACUCAUGAACAUCUUAAACAAGGUGGUGACUCGACACCCUGACCUGAAGACUGACGGUUUUGGCCUCGACACCUGCCGGAGCAUGGUGGCCGUCAUGGACAGCGAUACCACCGGCAAACUUGGCUUUGAAGAGUUUAAGUACCUUUGGAACAACAUAAAAAAAUGGCAGGCCAUCUACAAACAGCACGAUAUAGACCGCUCAGGGACCAUCGGCAGCCAUGAACUUCCAGGAGCCUUUACAGCUGCAGGCUUCCAGCUCAGCCCAGAGCUGUACCAGAUGAUCAUUCGGCGAUACUCAGAUGAGGACGGGAAUAUGGAUUUUGACAACUUCAUCAGCUGUCUCGUGCGCCUGGAUGCCAUGUUCCGUGCCUUCAAGUCUCUGGACAAGGAUGGCAGUGGGCUGAUCCGGGUAAACAUCCAAGAGUGGCUGCAGCUGACCAUGUACUCCUGAGGCCCACGCGUCUGUCCACGUGACUGGUCAUCGGCCCCCUCUGCUGCCCGGGACAGACAUCACCAGGAAGCUGGCCUCCCCCUUCCCUGCAGUUCUAGCAUGGGAACCCUCUGGCGCUGGCACCACCAGCCAGAGGCUGUUAUUCCUGGGGGGCCCCUCCUACCCCCUCCUGUACAAAUAUGGCCACCACCAAGGAGCCCCUGCUCCCCACUCACCCACACCCCCACCUCCCAGCUCUGGAAUGUGCCAACCGACCACAUGCUCCCCCCCAGCACCCCUGUAAACAUGUCACAUGCUUUAACACUCCAGCCACAUGCUUCCCAGCUUCCUUAGACAACUUAUGCUCUAAUGUGCUGUCUCCCCCCCCAGCUCCACCCCCAUGCCUGUAAACAUAUCACGUGCUCGCUGCCCCCAGAGCCCCCACAAGUACAUGUUCCCUGUUUUACCACGUCAGCCAGGUGCCAUCACAUGCUGCCCUCACGGGGUUCAUCUGGUAUCUAGUGCCUUCGCCCACUCCCCACGUGCUUCAGCCCCCUCCCCUUCUCUGGGUGGGCCUGGGAGCAGGGGCAGGGCUUCACGGCUGCCCUGACGCCCAAAAUAAACAGUGGUCACAAGA